AUGGACACUCUUGCUUUCAAGCUCACCUGGCUUUCGAAAUGGAAGCUGCAAUGCGAAUCUCAACUCAUGGACCCGAAUUUCACAAAGCUUAUCGGCCACUAUUCAGUAUACCUCAAAGCCGCACAAUACAUGAGUGACGAGGACGAUGCCGGCUCCGAUGCGACAGUUGUUGACACGAACCUCGAUGAUGGCAAUCUGGAAGACUUCGAAUGGCGGAGCAACGAAGACCAUCCCUAUUCGGGGUUCCUAAGCGACCCAUUGCCUGACCUGCAUUCACACGAACAUGAAAAUGAGUAUAGGGCACGCAUGUCAAUAGUCGUGUCCGAAAACGAGGUUAAGGCCGCCGACGAAGAUGACGACAGUGAUCCAUUCUCGGACGAUGAAGCAAGUGAUUUCAGUAACGAAGAGGACAAUUGUAGCGAUUCCAGCGUCGAAGAGAUGGACGACCGAGACAACCCUCCACCAACCAAGAAGGUAUCCAAAUCACCAAACCCACAUUUCUGA